CCCUCCUCUCGACCGAACGCGCUUUACUUUCUGCCCGCUCAUUCAAAUUCCCAUGUGCACGCGCGCUGCUCGUCGAAGUCCCCGUGCCGAGUAACCCUAAAGCGCUGCUCCCCAGCCACACACCAGCCACCACAACUCUUAGUGUCGCGAGCCGCCGACCGUGUCAUAGAGUGCUGAUACCGGUGGUAGCGGCGGAGGUGGUGGUGUUGUUAGUGGUGGUGGUGACGGUGGUGGUGGCGUCGGCGGUGGCGUCGGCGGCGGCGGCGGUAGCGGUGGUACCGACGCUGCUGCUGGUGGUGGUGGUGGUGGUGGUGGUGGUGGUUACCUUGAGCACCAGGUACCGCGCGCACACCUUGCACAGUUACCCUCUGCUCCAGUUACCGCACGCGGCUUGUCGCGCACGCGACGACACGAGACGACACGACGAGACGUCGAGAGCUGCACUCGAUCACGACCGGUAAAUCGCGCGACCGACCGAAUCCGUUCUGCACCUGCCUGCCUGAAAAUCGCCGUUGACAGCGAGCUCGCGCGGGCGCGCGCGCGCGCCCUUCCGACGAACCUGCACGCGAAACGAAAGGACACUUAUCGAUCCGCGUGCGAAGUGGUCUCCAUCACGCGUCAGGCGAUGACGUCUGCCUCGAGCGGGCGGAUGAUGAGUAACGACGUGCCGGGGGAUACGACCUCGAGGAACGGUGACGAGUGAGAAAGAAGGAUGACGGCUCUCGUGAGCUGUCACUGUGCAGAAACGAUCGACUGUUGGGAUCUGGAUCACAUUGUCGCUCGCGCCAAGCGAUCGAAACUCACCGAUUGCGCCGGGGUGAGGCAAUGACGAGAUCGAGCCUGAUCGAUCUCAGCGCUUGAUCGAACGCGCCUCAACGAGGAGAAGGACGAAUCGCGGACACCCAGGCGCGCGCGCGCGCGCGCUUUGGUACCAACCAGGAUCGGCGUUCGGACAGAAAGGGAACGCGUCAUUCGGGCGCGGACAGGAAGUUGCGUGAAACAGCUUCGCCGCGGGGACGAAGACAAGGGAUAUUCUUCGUGUCGCUUUGUUCACGGCGAGGCGUUCCAAGUCGACAAGACGUGGAUUCAAAGGGACUGACACGGCGGAACAAUAAGACAACGAGACAAUAAGAACCGGUAGCUCCUCUCCGCCGGGAGGGUGCUCUUUGAGCGCCGGAUUUCUUCGCGGCCGUUCUUCGUCGUCGGGUACAGGCCGGCGAGUACUACCGAUGGCGAAACGUGUGCGCGAGGCAACGCGCCUCUCUCUCCCGUGACUAUCCAGCGAUUCAUGAUCACCGCGGUACUUGCGGUUCGCGCGAUCAACCGAGAAGAGGAUCGUUAAGCGUCGCGGGAGUAAUGAUGACGAGCUGGUAUCGAAGUUUCCUUCGAUAAGUUUCCUUGACGUCGAAAUCGUUAGCGAGACAAUCACGACGGCUACGAGCGUCUCUUCCGCAAGGACACGAUUCUACCGACGUUCUCACUCGAGACCGCGGAAAAUCGUCGCGCCUCGGCGAUAACGCACGACCUGGUCGGAACGGCUCGGCUAUAAAGUAUACCAAUAACGACGACACAUAGUUAUCUUCUUAAUUAGUGUGUAUUCGCUGACGAUAGUCGCGCGCAUCCGUCGUGUGCCCAUUAGGAUAACCGAUUCGCCGUCUCCUUCAGAUAAACGCGUCCACCGGGCCGGGAUAGACUUUCUAAGCGAGUCGGCUCAAGUCGGUGCCGCAGUCUCGCGGCAGAUGAUCGCGUCUCAUUAAGGUGAACCAAGUAAAUCGUUUAAAGUUACAUUCCACUGCGAUAACGCGGCGAUCCACCUCAAAGAAGGAAGAGACACGACGAGAGCUCACAACGACUCGCUUCUCAUCACGACACAUCGACCAACGGCCGUUCAUCGAAAUAACGAGCAUCGUCCGGCUGUCCGAACCUACGAUCUUCAUUUGUCAGCAGCGCAAGAGAGACAGAGAGAGAGAGAGAGAGAGAGAGAGAGAGAGAACAAGAGAGAGAAAGAAAAGUAUAUCACCUGUGGCACGCGAUCGAUACGCGCGAUCGAGAAGGCGCGCGCAAAAACAAACUGUUCUCGCCGCUUAGUCACCACGAAGAGGGAACCUCUCUCCUCUUUCGAGAGAGUAUUUGGAGACAGCAAACAUUCUCGCCGCGCGCCAAGGCGAGAGUGUUAAGCACGUAAACACUUUAGAAAAUCCAAAUGUUGGCUCUGCAGUUGGACUCUUUCGCACCUGUCCGACUUUUCGCCGUCACUAGGUGCUAACGAGAACUCGGAGUGAUCGAAAUCUCGCGACGAGCCCCGGGAACUUCUCACGCUCGCGGGCAAACUCAGCCAAGAACCAAGUUACAUGUUGUAAAACACACACGUGCCGACGAAUUUGUGCUUGUCGUCGAGUGGUAACGGAAACUGUACGACCGAUCGCCAGCCGAUCAGCAACGGAACGGGGUCGUUUCGAACGCGGCGGAACUUCCGGUGAGAGCGUCGCCCGUCGCCCACCCGCGCCUGAUCGCGGAAGCGUAAAACUCUGUCGCGUGCACAUCCGUUUUAUGCAUUCAACAAGGUGAUUGUGAUGUAAGAGAUGCGUCGCGGUGAUAUCGCGACAAUCGCGAUAGCCCUUCUCGUUCUUGGGCAGAUCCAGGAGCCACGGCGAACUAGGGUGGUCGGAGCGGUGGUAGUCGGCGCGGCUGUCUGCAGCCGCAUCCCCGGCUUGGCGAAAAGUCAACGCGAGCAGUGCAGAAAAGCGCCGCACGCGAUGCCCGCGGUGGGCGAGGGUGCCGCUCUGGGUCUUCGCGAGUGUCGACAUCAAUUCAGGCAUCAUCGGUGGAACUGCUCCCACGUGGCCAACGAUCAGGUCUUUGGCCACGUGGUGGUAGUAGGUAGCAGGGAGGCAGCUUUCACGUACGCGAUAAGCUCGGCUGGUGUCACAUACGCGGUUACCGCGGCUUGCAGUCGCGGCAACAUCACGGCCUGCGGUUGCGAACCUGCAGUCAGGACAAGGAAGGAAUUACCGCCGAACGGCUGGGAGUGGGGUGGUUGCAGCGCGGACGUCACAUACGGGAUGAGGUUCGCGCGCAGGUUUCUAGACGCGAGGGAGAUCGAGGGGGACGCUCGAAGCUUGAUGAACCUUCACAAUAACAAGGCCGGAAGAAAGAUAGUUAAAGCUCUUCUACAGACGGAAUGUAAAUGUCACGGUGUAUCCGGAUCGUGCACCGUGAGAACAUGUUGGAGAACGUUACCUAGUUUUCGCCAGAUUGGCGACGCGCUGAUGAAAAAAUAUUACAGAGCUCGACCCGUCAUCGCCGUUACACCGCCUCCCCCUCCCACGGUACAGACUAUGGACACGCUAUCGCAUUCCAUGUCACCGGAAAUGGUGCCCAUACUGGGCAACGAUGCCAAAACUCAGGGCAAGCCAAGCGAUUUUGCAAAGUCGCGGCACGAUCGGCAGCCCACGAAAAAGACCACCAAGCCAAAGAGGCCGCACUUGGUCCUCAAGAGGACGAAAGUGAGCGGCGGCCCUGGUAUGGGUAUGAAGAGGAUUCCAAAGAGAAGCGAGCUAGUUUUUCUACAAUCCUCCCCCAAUUAUUGCGAGCCGGAUCUGGCUCAGGGUAGUCUCGGCACACAGGGAAGAUAUUGCAAUCGUACUAGCAAAGGAACUGACGGAUGCGACUUGAUGUGCUGCGGCCGCGGCUACAACACACAUCAAUUCACGAGGACGUGGCAAUGUAGGUGCAAGUUCCACUGGUGCUGCCGUGUCCACUGCGAGACCUGUACUGAACGAACUGAGGAGUAUACGUGCAAAUAACAAUAUAAACGACGCUCGAGGUGUUUAUGUAAACACAAGUAUAACGAAUAUCUCAAUCCGGACAACACAACACCCCGACAAAAAAGGACAAACUGACUUUACGCGCGAGACUACUAUUUAGAUUAGACAGAAAAGGGCGAAACGAUACGUCAAGAGAUACGAUACGCGAGAUACUUUAUUUAAGACAGGGAAAUAUCUGCAUAAAAAUAGAACAUUUGAUUCUCAAUUCUGAUUAAAUAUCGAUUUCCAUGCGUCGUAUAGUCCGAUUUACAAUAUAAUCUUUGCUUCCCAUCUCUUGUUCUCUCUCUCUCUCUCUCUCUCUCUUUGGUUGAAAGUUUAGCCCAGAUCUACAAUGUGCUCUUUGCUUUUCGUUUUUUUCCCUUUAUUUGUUUCUGAUUCAAACCUUAAGCCAAAAAGAGAUAGAGAAUAAGAAACGGGAAGCAAAGAGCACAUUGUAAACCUACGCUGAAGGCACGCAGCUAGAUAAUAAGAUUUCUAACCUUAUUUGAUGAGAUGCGUGUGGCUUGGCGAUCCAUCCUCAGAUGAAAGCGGACCGUAUCAGACACUUGAACAAAUUCUUCUAAAUACCGGAUCUAUCUAUUCCCUGUAUAGAGUUCGAUAACUAUCGUUAUUCUUUGUCGUCUAUCGUUAUACUUAUUUGCUUUCGGACUCCGAUAUUUCGCAUACCAACAUGAUUGCCAUGAUGAAUUGGCGCUACUUUUAACAUCGCGCGAAUGUUUGCCAGACGAGAACGAUUUACACGCAACAAACAUGAUUGACGAAGUGUAUCUUAUAAGUAGCUUGCGAAUAUGCUCUCGUAUAAGAUUAGCGAUGCGUAUAAAUAAUAAGAGUGCAUAUUAUCACGUUUCCUUGAAAUUAAUAUUCGGAACGAAUCUUCCUCCCCCCUCUCUCUCACUAGUGUUUUAUAGAAUUUCGUUAUACUCUACGCACACACAUAGAAAUAUAUAUAUAUAUAUAUAUACCUCGUAAAUUAUAUAUAUAUUAUUUAUUAAAAGCGCACCAUAUAAAUUAUACUCCUGUACGUAAGCAAUGUUUGUCUCUUCGCUAAUUAAUAAAGUGCAAAGAUAUCACGCAA